CUAGAAUAAUUUCAAUAUUUUUAUCUUAUACAAAUUGCAUUGAUUAAUUUUAUAUGAUAAUAAAAUAAUCACAGUAAAAAAAAAGAAUAUAGCCUAAAAGUGUUUAUAUACGCGGGAAAUAUAAUUAUUAUGAAGAAAAGAAAAACAAGACGUCAACUUUUAGUAGAAAAAGAAGCUAUUGCAAAAAACUUAGUUGACAAAGCAAAUUCUGUGAAAAAUCCUAUAGAACAUCUACAUUUCUUUCAUAAAUAUGUAACCAAAGAUAAUGAAAUUAUUGAGCUUUCUUGCAUAAAAGCCAAAGAUGCAGAUUCAAAAUGUAUAUCUUGGAUAUUUGAUAUUAUGGAGCGUAAUAUGAAAUCUCUAUAUGAACAAAGUAAUUGGGGUUGGGAUCCAAUUGCUAAGCAAAAAGAAUUAACAGAAUCAACAGCCUGGUAUUUAAUUGCAUCAUCUAAUGAUAAAUUUGUUGGAUUUUCUCAUUUUCGAUUUGAUGUUGAUUAUAGGGAAGAAGUAUUAUAUUGUUAUGAAAUACAAUUGGAAUCCACAAUACGAAGGAAAGGACUUGGCCAUUUUAUAAUGUUUGCACUUGAAUCUAUGGCAUCAGAAAAUAAAAUGCGUAAAGUAAUUUUAACUGUAUUUAAACACAAUCCAUCUGCUAUGCAUUUUUUUUAUUCUCUUGGCUAUAAGAUAGAUAAAACCAGUCCAUCAGCAUCAGAUCAAUUGGAUUAUAUUAUUUUGAGUAAGGCCGUUGAUAGUGGAACAAUGAGUAGAAAGCAAAAUUCAUUUCAAUAACUCCAUGAUAUUAUUAAAUUCUAAUGUCUAAGAUUGUGUCUUAUGUAAUAAAAUUGGUAAUAUUUGAUGUGGACAUAAAUUAACAAUAGGUGAUUUUAAUGAAGGCCCUACAUUAUGGAAUGUUAAAGGAGCUUUACUAAUGAUCCAAUCAUCUAUAUAAUUAAGGAACUUUGUUAAAUCAACUUCUACAGAUUCAGAAACAUUAAAAUGACGUAAAUAAGAAUUGUCAUUCCAACACAUAUCUAAAGCUGCUUGAUGUAAAACCAUUCCAAUACCUUUACCAGCUCCUUCAGGAAUAGGAAAUACUCGAAAACUAACAAUGCUUAAAUCUGCAGGAAAGUCGUAACGAAGCGGGGAAAAAUAUGGAUUUAAAUUAAAAGUUAAAGAAUUGUGUGGAUGCAUUGCAAUUAUAGGAUAUAAUAAUUCUUCUGAUGUUAAAUGACCAUACAAUGAUAAUACUCCUGAUGGAUGAUUUGUUGGUGGUGUAGAAGAUGUACAAAAAGGCUUUCUUUUUUCAAGAAUAAACAUGAAUAUAUGA